AUGGAUUUCUUCUUCGCCGCCCGCGGGAACUUUGGUCUUAUCAUCGACACGGAGAAGACGGUGGUUAUGCACCAACCGCCGUCCAACACAGCUCCCCACAAUGCGCCGCAAAUAAGCGUGAACGAGACCCAAUUGCAAGUUGUGAGAACCUUCACGUAUCUGGACAGUACCCUCUACCGCGGCACCAAACUCGACGACGAAGAAGCCCGCUGGAUUUCCAAGGCCAGUCACUCCCUACGUCGUCAUCAGAACACAGUUAGGAAUCGUUACGCUCUUCCGUUCAGCCCGAAAAUUAAGAUGUAUAAGGCUGUCAUCUUCCCGACAUAG